AUGGCCUUGAGAUUUUGUAUUGUUGUUGUCGUUCUCGUCGUGGUUCCCCUCUUGUCGGGUGCGGAGGAUAUCAAGGUGCCCAACGGGGGGCCGUGGGGGGCUUUAGGACCGCGUAUACUGUGCCCACCGGGCUCCUAUGCCUAUGCCUUCAGUAUUCAGGUUGAGGCAAAACUUUCAGGUGGUGACGACACGGCGAUGAACGGCCUUCAGCUGUACUGCAAGAAAGACGACUCCCCUACAGACGUGCCCAUCGCAUCCGAAGGCCCCUUUGGUGAGUGGACUAUGCCUAAGGAGUGCCCCUCUGGUCGCCUGGAUGCCUUUCAGCUGCGCGUGGAGCCUCCUAGGGGCGUCGGCAUUGACGAUACGGCAGCCAAUAACAUUCGAUUCCACUGCAGCGGGGGAGGGAAACUGCUGGGGGACGGUCUGAACUGGGGAGCCUGGGGGCCUUGGAGCGACACGUGUGCCCAUGGAGUGUGCGGCCUGCAGGCCAGGACGGAGGGCAGACUGGGCCACGGGAGCUCUGCAGAUGACACAGGACUUAAUGACGUCAUCCUCAUCUGCUGCACUAGCGACUCCACGGCCACCGGGUGGCGCUGGUGGCGCAUGUUGUCCAGUUGGUAG